AAACACACGCACAUAGAAAUAAAUAAUAUAUUUGAGAAUAAAGAAUUUAUGCAGAGUAGAGCGUGUAUGUUUUAUUCUGUGACCAACAUUGAAGCUGAAAAAUCUGGAGGACCAUCAUGUUGAUGGUGCUGGCAAUAGGUGGCGCUUCUGGAGCAGUGGGUGUAUUUAUGUCGGAUUUCAUAAAUCGACGUUAACUAACUCACUUAAUUAAUUACUGCAUAAAUGAUUACUACCUAAAUAACAAUAACAGUAGGCUGUUUAACUUUUCUCUAGCAUCUCUAUUUAUUCCAUCUUGUCUGUCUUCCCAGGCUUUUCUAGUUUCUUCGAUAGAAAUGGAGAAUGUUAAACAGCAAUCGCACCUGGUUGCCUCUGGCACCAGCAAUGAAUAUCAGACUGUUUGUGUGGCUAGUACGAGUAGCGAUGGAUUACUUGUCGCAAUUAAAGAAGAACCGUUAACCGAAGACACUUACGAAGCACUCCAUUAUGACAAACAACUUGAUGAGGAUGCUGAUAAUGAUGACAAUAAUAAUAAUAAUGAUGAUGAUGAUGAAGAAGACGAAGAAGAUAAUGUCGAGAGAUUUCAGAUUAAAUGCAUUGAUUAUGACGAAGACAGCUACAAUAAUUUAAUACUCGACACUUCCGCUUUGAACGAUGCUUCGUCACUCUCCGUCAGUAUUCAAGAAAAAGAUGCUUCAUUAGAGCCUCCUCCGAACGAACACACCAAACUUCUAAAACCUUGGCACAUCAAACAGACACAAAGAGACAAAUAUUGUGAGUGGCAUUUCUUAUCCAAUUUCUUUCUUUCUUAA